UCAAAUAGAUGGUUCCAGAUUCCGAGUUCUGAAGUGGAGUUUGUCCCGAUCUACCCCCGCCAUGUCUGACGCUGGGGACGGAGGCGACGAGGUCAUCCACGACGCGCCCAACUUCAUCCGCGUCUACAAGAGCGGUCGCGUCGAGCGGUUCCUGCGGAUCGACUUCGCGCCGCCCUCCACGGACGCCGCCACCGGGGUCACCUCGAAGGACGUCGUCGCGGGAGACGGCGUGUCGGGGCGCCUCUACCUCCCUGCGACCCCCUGCGGCGGCUACGUGGGGAGGCUCCCCGUCCUCGUGUUCUUCCAUGGGGGUGGCUUCUGCCUCGGCUCGGCGUUCGACGCCGCGACGCACGGGCACGCCAACCGGCUCGCCGCGCGGGCCGGCGCCAUCGUCGUGUCGGUGGAGUACCGCCUCGCGCCGGAGCGCCCGGUCCCCGCGCUCUACGGGGACGCGUGGGCUGCGCUCCAGUGGGUAGCCUCGCACGCCGAUGGUCAGGGGGAGGAGCCCUGGCUGACCGCGCACGCGGACUUCGGCCGGGUCCACGUCGGGGGCGAGAGCGCCGGCGCCAACAUCGCGCAUCACGCUGCAAUGCGGGCCGGCGCCGAGGAGCUGGGCCACGGCGUGAAGGUGAACUCGCUCGUCCUGAUUCAUCCCUACUUCCUGGGCGGCGACAGCUCCGAGUCAGACGAGAUGGGCAUGGCGUUGCUUCGCGAGUUGAUCCGGCUAUGGCCGGUGGUCUGCCCAGGGACGAGCGGGUGCGACGACCCGUGGAUCAACCCGAUGGCGGACGGCGCACCAAGCCUGUCCGUCCUGGGGUGCCGGCGUGCGCUGGUGUGCAUCGGUGGGAAGGAUGCGAUGAGGGGUAGAGGAAAGCUGUAUUGUGAGAAGCUGAGGGAAUCUGGGUGGCAGGGGGAGGUGGAGAUCUGGGAGGCAGAUGGGCAGGGCCAUGGCUUUCAUCUCCUGUGGCCGACAUGUACUCAGGCAGAAGCACAAGUACAGACCAUUGCCGAGUUCCUGAGCCAUGGAUGAGAUCUCGGUGCUCCACCACUUCACAUGAUAUCGGGAUUGCUCUAAUAGAGUUGGGUAUCAAGUACAUGAGCAGUUC